CCGGUAUCCGGUGCAGUGUUCAUUAGAUCCGCCGGUUAACUGGGAAAACAAAUACUUCCGUACUUUUAUUCGCCACAACCUACCAGACUUCGUCCUUGGGCUGGCUUACCACCCGCUUCCACAGGUCACGGCCCAAGCCAUAUUUAAUUCGAAAUCGCGUCCAUAUCAAUUUGGGCAGUGCAAGUAUGGCUACCAUGUUAGAGGAUGAAAUAAUUCCUGAAACAAAGAUUCCGCUCACCUUCAAAUGGUCAGGACGCGAGUACAAGGUAGAUCUCCUUGGAUCAGAUAGAGUUUACGACCUCAAGACUUCGCUGAUGAGUUUGACAAAGGUUCCGCCAGAGAGACAGAAAAUAUUAGGUCUAGUGAAAGGAAAACUACCCCCAGAUCAAGAGAGAAUUGCAGAUCUACGAAUCGCAGGAAAAUCAUUCACACUCAUUGGAACCCCUGAAGGUGACGAGAUUAAAGACCCCUCAAAGUUGGAAUUCCUCCCCGACGUUGUCAACGAUCUUGAUGUAGAUUUUACCGACAACCCAACUGCCGCUGCGACAUAUAAAAAUGACCAGCGAAACAUUCGCAAAGUCAAAGAGGCAACUGAGAAACUUCAGAUCAAUAUCAUUCAUCCUCUGCGAGAUGGCAAACGUUUGCUCGUGCUGGACAUUGAUUACACCAUUUUGGACACCAAACCACUAACGUCUGGCUCAUUACCUCCUGCGGAAUGUGCGAGGCCUGGCCUCCAUGAAUUUCUAGAGGCCAUAUACCCUUACUACGACAUCUGCAUCUGGUCUCAAACUAGCUGGAUAUGGCUUGAGGCGAAGCUCGUAGAACUUGGCAUGGUUGGAUCUACCAGGAAUUAUCAGGUUUUAUUUGCACUGCAAAUUAUUUGGAAUCACUUUCCCCAGUUUUCAGCGAAGAAUAGUAUUCACAUAGAUGACCUGAGUCGAAAUUUUGCCUUGAAUCCAAACGAAGGACUAAAAAUCCAUGCCUUCAAAAACGCUCAUACAGAACAGGCUCAAGCUGACCGGGAGCUUCACAAAUUAGCCAGGUACUUGGUACAUAUUGCUGCUGUGGAAGAUUUCAGGACGUUGCGUCACAAGGCCUGGAAGCAUGAGCUAAGGCGACUCACGCAAUCGUGACGAAGACGCACUCCAUCUCAUGGUCCUAUUCAUACCAAGGCACCUUCAAUACAUGAAUCAAGCCUACAUAGAGGGACAAUUGUUGUGUUGUAAUUGUUGUACACGAUUCUUGUAAAAUAACUACUAUUUUGUAACAAAACCGUGCUAUAUAUGUACAAGAUUUUUAUAGUGUUAUUGAUAUAUUAGCGCCGCGUUCCGCCAUGACAAA